AUGGAUUUCUAUCAAAUAACCACAUUUUACGCGGUCCUCACAUGUGUAUGGGAUUUACCAUGCUUUCAAUCAUUUACUAUUUUCCUUCCGUCUGCCUCAAAGAGCAGCAAGGUCCCGAAAGUAUUUGAUGGACGAGAGGCAAAAUAUUUCAAAGAUAUCUACUCAUCAUCAAAUGAGCGGUAUUACAAGGGUGGGCUCAAAGAUCCAGUUGAACCACACGACUACAUGCUUUCAAUUUAUAAGACUUUCUCUACAGCCGAAAAAUUGGGGCUAAACGCAAGUUUCUUUCGGUCGUCAAAAGCAGCUAACACUAUAGCAAGUUUUGUGGACAUCGGACAAGAUGACCUCCCACUCUCCCCUUUGCGACGACAGCAGUAUCUGUUUGACGUCUCAACCCUCUCAGACAGAGCUGAGGUGCUGGGGGCUGAGUUGAGGAUAUACACCAAAGUGUCUGGGAAUUUCAGGAUGUCGGAAAUGGAGCCAGUGGACAUUCAGCUACUCUCCUGCCGCUCUCAGCAGCUGCUGGAUUCCAGAACGUUGGAUCUUCAGGAGUCCCAUCGGCCCAGAUGGGAGGUGUUGGACGUGUGGGAAAUAUUUAAGGACAGGGAUCACCUCACACACGGGAGACAGUUCUGUCUGGAGGUCAAGGCCAUGCUGGACAACCCCGAGAGGGAGCUUGACUUGCAUCAUCUGGGCUUUCACAGAAAUGGUCGCUCACAACAAAAGAAGGCCAUUUUAGUGGUGUUCACCAGGUCCAAGAAGAGACAGACCCUUUUCAGUGAAAGGAGAGAAGGAAGGACAUUGAUUGGCCCUGGGGAAAGGGGGAAAGAGAGGGGCCCUCGUUCUAAUUCCAAAGCCAGCCGGAGACGCAGGACGGCGAUAUUGAAGAAUCGCCACGGGAAGAGGCAUGGCAAAAAGUCAAAAUCGAGAUGCAGCAAGAGGCCGUUGCAUGUGAACUUCAGAGAGCUGGGCUGGGACGAUUGGAUCAUCGCUCCUCUGGAUUACGAGGCGUACCACUGUGAGGGCGUGUGUGACUUUCCUCUGAGGUCACAUCUAGAGCCCACAAACCAUGCCAUCAUACAGACCCUUAUGAAUUCGAUGAACCCCAGCAACAUGCCUCCUAGCUGCUGUGCCCCGUCCAAACUCAGCCCUAUCAGUAUUCUCUACAUCGACUCAGGAAAUAAUGUGGUGUAUAAGCAGUAUGAGGAUAUGGUGGUUGAGUCGUGUGGUUGUAGGUAA